AUGGAAUCCGCUCGUAGCCGCCAGAUCCAAAGGCUCAUGCUCCUAUCGAUCUUCCUCUCCGUCGUGACAAUGGCCAUCGACGGUGUGACGAUAUUCGUGGAAUCCUUCUUCAUCAUUCCUGGUGCUGGAGUGUUUACGGUCGCACAUCAUGUCACCGUUUUAGCACUGACACAAAAGCAGAGAAAGCGCAAUGCAGCCAUUGCCACCACCACCACCACCACCACUCCCACUCCAGCCACUCCAGCGACGAUCGCUGCUGAUCUGGACGUCACAGCAAAACUCGGCACCAUCGUCUGCGCAUGGCUCCUGUUUUUGACCUGGCUUGCAGCAGUAAUUAUGAUGGGUAUCGUCAUUGCGAUAGUGUGGUCGGACAAACGAUUUCAGCAUAGACAACCACAACAGCCAACAGUGACACUGCAUUCUGUCAUGAUGCAACUCGCCAAGACCGUUUUAGAUUCCUAUCAGUAUGACCCCCUGUUGCUCCGCCAGAUCCAAAGGCUCAUGUUCCUAUCAAUCUUCCUCUCCGUCGUGAUAAUGGCCAUCGACGGUGUGACGAUAUUCACGGGAUCCCUCUUCGUCAGUCCCGGUGCUGGAGUGUUGACGAUCGCACAUCAUGUCACCGUAUUAGCACUGGCACAAAAGCAGAGAAAGCGCAAUGCAGUCAAUGCAACCACCUCCUCCACUCCAUCUCCAACCACUCCCACGACGAUCGCUGCUGAUCUGGACGUCACAGCAAAACUCGGCACCAUCAUCUGCGCAUGGCUCCUGUUUUUCACCUGGCUUGCAGCAAUAAUUCUGAUGGCUAUCAUCAUUGCGAUAGUGGUUCCUGAUAGUAAUGGACCGGGUAUAGGGACGUUGAUUGCAGCGCUGGUGUUCGCUGUGCUUGAGGAGGCGGUGAUGUUGGCGAUCGCUAUCAAAUGCACGAGGGAACGAAGGAGGGGAGGGGCUGAGAUGCGCGCGAGGUUCGAAAUUGUUAAGAGGUUGUCGGCGCAACCCAGCGCUCUUGUCGCUCCGGCGGAGUCAUGUUGAGGGUUCAAAGUUCAUGCAUUCGGGAGAUACUUC